AUGGCGCUACCAACGUUACAGCCAUACUGGAUGAAGAAUUAUAAAAACCUUUCAGAAGGGAUAAUGGUAAGAAGACAGCAAAAUGAAGCAGACAGAAGACAUGCCUGGGAUAAUAACACGGAUUAUUUUCGAAGAAAUGAAGUAACGGCAACUAAACAGAGGGCUUGGGGUUCUGAAGGCUCCUUCCAAGACAGUAUGAAUGCAAUUGAUAAUUUAUAUAAAGACAACAGUAAAAAAGAACAGCUGGUUGAAAGAAGAAAGCGACUAACAGAGAUGCUGUUAAAGGAAAAGCAAGAUCAUGAGAGAGAACUGAGGGACCUACGGCUAGGUGGAGCUGGAAAAAUAUUUGAGAUGAAAGCAAGAGCGGAUGAACUAAAAAGUGAAAAAGAGGCUAGGAGAAAAGAGAUUGCUGAACAAAAACUUUAUGAACAUUGGAAACAAAAUGCACCAGAACUAAGACAGAUUGAGUCUGAACAACUGAAAGAGCAUGUUGUAGAAGGAUGGGGUGAACAAGUGGAUGAUAGGAAAAAGAUUUUACAAAGUGCCAGAGAUGAAGAAAGAAGGAUGGACGCAGUAAUGGAACGUGAACGGCUGUUAGCAUUAGAGAAGGAAAAGAAGAAAGAAGAAGCUAGACUAAGAGAUGAAAAAGCUGUUGCUAGUCAACUAAAAUCACAAAUGGAAGAACUGAAGUUGAGAGAGGAGGAGGCUCAGAUGCUUAAACGAGAACAAGAGAUUCUUCUUGAAGAACAAAAUAGGAUUGAAGAAGCAGAAGAAGAAAGAAGAUUGCUAGAAGAAGCAAGAAGAAAAAGAGAGUUUGGUCGUGUCUUAAUCAGACAACAUAAAGCACAAAUGAAAAGAAAAAGUCAAGAAAUACAGAAGGCGCUGGAACUUGAUCUCAAGAUCCUUGAAGGUCUUUCCAAAGAGGAAGACAAAGAGAAGGCUAUUAUGACGUCAAGAAGAGAAAAGGCAAAAGCUGAUGCAGAAUACAUGAGACAGGUCGUUGCCCAGCAACUUAAACUAGAGCAAGAAAGGGAAGCAGAGCUCGACAUGCUUUACAGAGAUGAAGCUGCUCGCAUGUGGUCCAAGAGACAAGCAGAAUGGGAAAGAGAACGACAGGCUAGGGAACGACUCAUGGCUGAGGUUUUGGAAGGUAGGAAGGAACAAAUAGACCGAAAGAUGGAAGUACUGAGACGAAAGCAAGAAGAAUCGAUAGAAAGUAGAGAAGAGCUUCUUAGAGAAUUAGAAGAAGUUCAGAGAAUGACUGCAAGGGAACGACUAGAAGAGGACAAGAGACGAAGAGAAUUGGACGAAGAAAUGAGAGCACAAGUGGUGGCUAGAAAACAAAAAGAUAUGGAUGCGCACCUGAGGGAGCAAGAAGAACUAGAUCGUCAAAGGAGAGAAGAAGAAGCUUACGAAAGAAUGUUGAGAGAAGAGGCUGGUAGGAUGACAGCUAGGGGACCUCAAGCAAGGUUCGUUCCAAGACGAAGAACGGCGUUCGAAUAACAAGCUGGAGUCAACUUUCAAAAUAUAUUUUUAAUAACAAGGAGCUAGGUCUUCAUUUGUGCUCAAUGUACACAAGAUUCUAUAAAGUGCUCCGUCGCACGCACAGCGAUCAAACGACUGCCUUGGCUGAUUUUUCAAUUUGCUACAAGAAUAGAAUAUUCUAUAAUUUAUUAAUAACAGAGAAGGACAUGAAAAUAAAGCAUUGAAUGCGACACGGUCACGACAUAGAAUCGAUGACACACUUUGAACCAAUCACAGCGAGCAGGGUGAUUCCUCGUCCAAUCAAAAUUCUCACGGUAGCGUACGUCAGCCAAUGAGCCAAUGCGUUUUCCACAGUCAUCCGAACUUUCCUCUUAUGACUAUCAACGUUAGCAUGGUCAUCUUAGAGUUUACUGAAAUAGUUGAAUAUACAGAGUGGGUGUAAUAUAUUAUUCUGGGGUAUACUAGUGGCAAGAUUGCUUAUGCACCGCGAUGAUAAGCGCGCUCUAUAAAUCUAGGUGGGUAAACAGUAAUGAGAAUCACAACUUUGUAAAUAGGCUAUCAGAACACUGAACAAUAAUUGUAAACUUUGUAAAUAAGUCAGAAAUAAAGUUUGGAUAAUGUAU